AGUGUUAACAUACAACGGAAGUUUGUUAACAUUGUUGAAGGAGAGGAUUUUCAGACGUAGUAUUGAAAAUACAACGAAAUUUUCGUUUAAACAUAAAUAUCUAUAAGAAUUUUCACACAACGUGUCUUUUAGUAUUGGGGACUGGACAUAUUUUCAAAGGCCAGGAUGGAACUGAAGAUUUUCCUUUUUGUUGUGUCGGUUGCUAUGACAACUGUGACUUCACAGAUACAAAAUAUUCGAGUGCCGCCUGGAGCUUUAGUUGAAUUUGAAUUUGAAUUUAUCAAUCCGAAACCAGGACAGUCCGGUGGUGCGGGUGGCGCUGGUGGACAAGCCAGUGGUAGUAUGGGUCAAGGAAUGGCACAGAUGGCACAGGGACAGAUGAUGUCGCAAAUGAUGGGAGGUGCUGGUCAAAUGAUGAUGGGAGGAGCUGGACAGGCGAUGGGUGGAGCGGGACAAACGGUGGGAGGAAGUAGUCAAAUGAUGGGAGGAAUGGGUCAAACGAUGGGUGGAACAGGUCAAGCGAUGGGAGGAAUGGGUCAAACGAUGGGCGGAACAGGUCAAGCGAUGGGAGGGACUGGUCAAGCUAUGGGUGGAGCGGGCCAAAUGGCGGGAGGAGCGGGCCAGAUGACGGGAGGAGCUGGGCAAAUGAUGCCUCCAACGCCUCCUGGGUCUCCUCUCCAGAACCUGUUGUCCAAUAUGGCGAGGAUGGCACUGGCUUUAAGACAAAUGUAUGGUCUGAAUCAGCCUUUACCACCGAUGGAAGAGCCAUGUCCUUGCGAUGCCGACUGCUGCGUACGCCCAACAGAUCCGAGACGUGUACUUCCGGUCUUAUCUAUACCAAUGACGCUACAUCGUGGUUGUUGCGGAUGUGUGGAAUGCCCGGCCUCACUGUCACCUGUUAUUAGUGGAAUGAUCCAAGUGGCAAAGAUGGCAGCAAGCCGCCAGCCACCCCGUGAUCUAUAAAAGGUAUAAGCAAAAGAUCUGGCUCAUCGAACUCUAAAAAUAUCUGUUUAAAUAUUCUGAAUGCCUAAAUGGACAAAUAUUAUUUACAUCACAUUUGAACAGUAAAAUAAGUCAUAUUUUUAGUGUCUUCCUUGCAGUCUUGAUGUGUUUAGAUGAUUGUGAUGAUAAAACCGCAAAGUGUAAUAAACACAAAUUUUGAAAACAGCGUCUUUUUAUGUAGCCGCAGUAUUUUUUACAAGAUACAAGUGUUGUUUAUCACAUGAAACACACUCGCCAGUAAUGCACGUGAACUACAAAGAAUGGAUUUUAUAGGUGUCUUACUAUAUCCUUAAGCUACUAUUGUGAGUCAAAUUUCAUAGUACGAGGAUCCUGCAAAACGUUCUGUCAAUAAUGGGCUUCCGUAGUUUUAUCCUUUAGGUAUCUUUUAAGAUGCUUCAUUGGACUUGAAUGGUGUGUCCAGUAGCUAACAAUAUCCUUUAAUUUUGCAAAUGACCGAGUUAUUUCAAAUUGAAAAACAUACAGUCAUAUACACUGACCAAUUUACUGGUCACAUUAUAAAAUGGACGAAAAGACUGAAAUUCGUAGCUAUAUUAUAUGUUGCAUUAGGCUUUAUAUAGAUUCAAAGCAGAUAUUUCAUGAAUUAUGUGGUAUAAAUGAACCUCAGGCCAUUUCAAUGUGCUCAGGUUUUAGUAGGGUUAAAGCUUUUAAAGCUGGGAAAUUAUCUGUCGAAGAUGAUAUCCGUUCUUGUAGACCUACAACCUCUGUUACCAAGGCAAACAUCGCUGCUGUAAAAGUUGUGGUUGAACAGGAUGCGCGAUUGUCGGUGAAAGAUAUAGCCAAUUGUACUGGCAUAUCAGAAGGCAGUGUGCAAGGAUUAGGACCUAAGAAAGGUUUGCGUUAGGUGGGUACCUCAUUUGCUCACUGAGGGGCAAAAGAAACAACGCCUUAAAAGUGCCCGGGAACUUUUUAAAACAUACAAAGGCUGUGAUAGUCGGGUUAUUUCUAACUUGCUUACAGGACAAAACCUAGGUGCACAUGUUUGAGCCACAGAGAAGAGCUGAUAAUAAGCAAUGGAAGCGAAAAGAUCAAAAACGUCCCUGUAUUGCCAAGAGAACAAUAAGUUCGAAAAAGUUGUUGUACGCAAUGUGUUUCAAUUCUAGUGGGCCAGUCGUUCAAGUGCCUUGUCCAUCUGGUCAUAGAGUCAUGGGACGAUUUUACAAGAACUCUGUACUGAAGAAAGUGAAAGGGUUUUACAAUAAGAACGUCCAAGCAAACAUGGUCAAGAGCCCAUCUUAUACACGACAACGCCUCCUCCCACAAGUGCGAGUCUUGUUGUUAAGUCUUUUUUUGGCUUCUGAAAAGGUGGAAGUUGCAAACCAUCCGCCUUAUUCACCUGACCUGAGUCCCUGUGACUUUUUUUUUAUUUCCAAGGCUUAAUAAAAAUGCUUUCUGGAAAGAAAUAUAAGUCCAGUAGCUCUCUUGGCAGAGCAAUUUAUCAGUGUCUCCAGCAGAUACCCAAAGAAGACUAUUUAUUAGGUAAAAAGGUUACAAAAAUGUGUUUCGGUAAAGGGGGAAUACUUUGAAGGUUUGUAAUAAAAAUAAUUUAGAUAAAACGUAGCACUUAAGAAAUCCGAAUCCAGUGACAGACGUUUUUGCAGAACCCUCGUAUUUUUCGUUGACAAUCGUUAUGUAAAGCAUUUUGAACGGUUUUGUUAUACUUCCCCAAAUUGACCAGAAUUAAAACCGUUUCUGCUUUCAA